AGAAGUUUAUGCAUACUAGUUAAGUUGAUUCAAAUGGUUUCAUUUUGUCUGACGUUCGGGAAAUAGAUGCAACAAAAUGGAAACAGACCCUCCUGGAUCUUCAAUUGAUUUGAUAGAAAAAAUUGCUUUUUUAUCUAAUGAGAAUGAUAAUCGUAACACGUCUGACGACUCUGACGACUCAGACGACUCUGACAUUGAUAGAGAUGAAGACCCAAACAGUCAGAAAAAAGAAAUUCAAAACGAUCCACAUUUGGAUGAAAAGUUGUCAGAGUAUUCGACCUUUCAUGGUUACAAGGUUCUCAAGAGAUAUGCUGGAGAAAAAAUUGAAGUUGGACUUAGAGUUGUGAGACCACAAAGCUGGAAACCUAAGAGUGAUUACAAGUUUGGACAUGGCCGCGAAAUUGGAACUAUAGUAGAUAUAGCUGAAUCAGGGGAUGUUAAAGUGCAAUGGGACAGUGGUGGAAAUGAUAAUUUCGAAAAAGGAAGCAAUGACCAGUUUGAUUUGCUGUUAUUUGAUAAUGCACAAACAGGUGUGAAGCAUACUAAAAUCCAUUGCCAUGGGUGUGGCGUGCACCCUUUACGCGGAAUGAGAUGGAAGUGUAAGAUCUGUCGGGAUUAUGAUCUUUGUACUGACUGCUACAUGAGCAAUGUCCAUGCACAUACUCAUAAAUUCAAAAGAAUGCUCAGUACCGAUUCAAAAGGAGAACAAAUGCCACCACGGGAAAAUCAGGAAUUCACAAGAGCCUUGGGUAUUAAGCCAAAUGCAUAUGUUCACCUGCAUAGUGACCCUAAACAUAAAGGCCGAGUAGUAAAGUACAUCGAACACGAUAUCGAAACAUACAGGUCUGAUGCAAUCGUAAAAUGGAAUGAUAAUGUAAAAGGGAGGUACCGCGUUGGUAGAAAUGGACAGUGUGAUUUAAAAUAUUUAGAUGCAGCAAAAGGUCCUAUGUAUUACGAAGACCAUUUGCCAAUUGCAAUAUUUGAAAAUGUACAGAAAGGUGCAAGAGUUGUAAGAGGUCCUGGAUGGGAUGAUUAUAACGACCAAGAUGGUGGAAAUGGAUUUGUAGGAACAGUAACACAUGUUGGAGAUUUCAAAGCAAAGGAAUAUAUAAUACCAGUACAAGAAAAAGCAGUAAAAAGUAGACACAUGCUUACACAUAAACAUGAUGUAUUAGUACAAUGGGAUAACGGAAAUAUAGAAGAGUAUAACUUGUCAAGUACCUCCUUACUACUGUUUGACAAUGGACCAUUAGGAGUUGAACACAAAGGUUAUGUUUGUGAUUGUUGCCCAAAUGAUGGAAAAAACUACAAAAAAAAGUACAUACGCGGUAUCAGAUGGAAAUGUAUAACGUGCCAUGAUUUUGAUUUGUGUAAUAUUUGCUACAUGUCUGACAAACACGAUCUUGGUCAUAAAUUUCAAAGAUGUGUUGCUGCUAAUUUAAGAGAAGAUAUGCAGACUUCAAGAGAACAUCCAAGGCAUACCGCACGGCAGUCCUAUGGUAUUUUUAAAGAUGCAAAGGUUGUUAAAGUAGCUCAAGUAAAAGAAGAUGAGAAAGAAGGCAUCGUGAUGGAUAUUGACGGCUGUAAGGUAGACACAGGUAGAAACGAAGUACAAGUAAAGUGGAUCAAAUAUGAAACACCAAGUUCUCAUCGGAUUCUAGAUUUAAAAUAUGACAAGGGAGGAGCUUUUUAUUAUUACAAUGAUCACCUGCCUGCAUUAGGGAGAAACUCUAGGGGCUACUUUGCAGUAAAAUUUGUAUCUGACUGUAAAGCUGAAAAAACGAUUUCAGUUAAUAUAUGGCGCACUAUCCAGCAAGUGAAGAAACUUACAUUCAAACCUAGCCUGUAUCUCAUAUUUGCAAAUCAUACAGAUGUGGACGAAAAAGGCGAAAAAGAUGACAAAAUGAUACUUAUGGAAGAAGUACUUGAUUUUGCAAAGAAAACAAAACUUCCAUGUCACGUUGUAGGACAAAAAGUACUGUUUCACAGCGGUUCCACAAAUGCUGUUUUUAUACACUAUAAAACAGAGAAAGAUACUAUCAAGGGACUUGUAAAAAAAGGUUUCCGUACAUUUGAUAGGGGAGAUACUGACGUAAACGACGAAGACGAAAUUCAUUACUUCAUUCGGAUGUCAGAGUAUAUAAAAGGAGAAGCUGUAUUGCCGGUCCUGAUAUCAUUUCGAAAUGGCGGAAUGACAAAGGAAGUGCUGAAGAGUGCAGCUAUAUCAAAAAUACCUAUAAUUCGAUUACAGAAACAUUGCUUAGAUGUCACCGUUUUAACUACUGACCAGGAGUAUGCAUGUGGCAAGAUUGUACAAAUGACAGAACACCACACAGAUCUAAAACAUCCAUGGAGUAUAAAGACAUCCAAACAAAGGGAUCACAAAUUACGGAAAUGUGACGGAAAGGAUGAUCUGGACGAAAUAGCUCUCAUUUCACAGAUACAGGGAAACUUCUGCGACAAUUUAGAUACUCUCGUUUGCUGUCUAAUCAUUGGAGUGUCGAUGAAAGAAGAUUCAUUAGAAAAAAGUAUAUUUGGAGUAUAUACUCAAGAGUAUCCAAACGCCUUAUCGAUGUACCUUUUAAAGGAAGGAAAGUGGAAAAUCCCAAAAGAGUUUAUCAAAGCUUCUUUCAGUCAUAGAUCAAUCGAAUACAUUUAUGAGGAGGAUAUGACAUCAGAAAUCAAAAAAGGCCUAUGGUCUCAUCUAAAAUCUAUGACCAAUAUGGCGUACGAAGCUCCUAAUUUUCAACAUGUUCGAGAAAAAGAAAAAGAACAAGACGACACAGCAGGUGAUAAAAGAUCCUCAACAGACAGCAGCUCAUCAGAUGACGAAAACAAAAUAAGAACCAAAAUAACAAAAAGAAUGUUUAAAAAGGCCAAACAAAAGAAAAAAAGACGCAAAAUAGAACUAGACGUCUCAACGUCAGAAUUGUAUGGCCUUAUUCUAUACGCCCUUUUGAAAAAACAGUAUUGGAAUGGUGCACAGCAGCUGAUAGAAACAGGAUGUAUUCGAAUUCGUCAGAUUCUCAUUGGAUGUGUCUUAUUAGAAGAUGAAAUAAAGAACUGGAGAACAAGUCCACACUUGAAAGAAAAGUUGCAACGAUUUAAAAGUGCAAUUACCCAGAGAGCUAUCCGAAUAACCAGCUGUAUUUGUGUGGCUGACAGGAAAUCAAAGGAAAAGUCUAUGACAAUAAAAGACAAAAAAUUUCACGAUCAUGAUGAUGAUUCAGAACACAAAGUAGAAAAAGAAUUAGGGGAACAUAUUAACCAUGCUGGACGGCUUUUGGUAAAUCAUGGAUAUAUAGAGGAUGCAAUCAAGACUCAAAAUAAGACUUUCCUUGACAACCCUACAGUGAAAAAUAUCUUAAAUGAAAUGUGGUACGGUACAGAGAAGUUAAAUUUUCGAACGAGUGUGUGCUUCUUUGUUCUUGCUGUUGUGCACAUAAUUCUGUUGCCUUUAUUAAUGAUAAGUAUGGAGGAAGGUCCUUUAAUUUGGUUUUACAAGAAGUAUAAACUUCCGUUCAUGAAAGUACUCAUGCAUAUGCUUGGUUUCUUAACACUCAAUACUGCAUAUGCAUACAUGCUGCUGUUUGACUACAGUAAUGACGGACUUACCUACUCGGACUAUUUUAUAUUAGUAUGGAUGGUCAGCUUUUUAGUGGAUGAAAGCAAGCAGCAAAUCGUUUCUAUCAUAAGAAAACAAUGGAAAAAUUAUGCAAAAGAUUUAUGGAACAUAUUAGAUUGGCUGUCGAUUACAGUUUAUGCGUUUGGAAUGAUGUUGAAAUUAGGUCAAGAGUCACAGUUUAGAAAUGUAUCGAAAGUUUUAUUGGUUACAGCAUUUAUACUAUUAUCAAUCAGAAUUUUGAAUCUGUUCUGCAUGUCAGCAAUGUUAGGACCAAAGUUAGUCAUGAUCAGAAAAAUGGCUCGGGAUACUGUUUCAUUCAUGAUGAUCUUGGUAGUCAUAAUGAUGUGUUACAACAUAUCUUUUUAUGCACUUCUAUAUCCUAAUUCUGAGUUCAGCUGGCUUCAGAUAGAAAAGAUUAUACAAAAUGGUUACUGGAUGUUAUUUGGAGAACUCAAUCUAGAUAGUGGCACACUAUCUGAACCGCACUGCACAUUUAACAAAGCAGUUUAUGAAAAUACUGAUAUACAGCGAUGUCCAGAAAUGCUUGGUGUGUACAUUGCUCCUUACUUGAAAGCUUUGUACGGAUUAAUAGCAGUAAUCCUACUCCUGAAUCUGUUGAUAGCUAUGUACAGUGAUACAUUUCAAAAAGUUCAUCAAGAAUCUGAGUUUUACUGGGCUCAAAUUCAAACUGACUUUCUUGAAGAAUACAGCAUCAAGACAGUGUUUCCAGUACAUCUUCAAUUGCUUGUACUACCAGCAGCAAUCAUUCAUGCCAUUCUUUGGUACAGCAGUCACCGGUAUAAAAAAUGGCGUGACCGUGAUAAUAGAAAAAGGGAUAAAUCAAUCCUUAACCAUCGACCUAUGUUCGUACGAGUUUUUUUGUACAAUACAAAUUUUGAUUUGAAGCUGAAAACAACAAAGGAAGCAGAGGGCAAUGGUGCACUACAUGCAAAAGGGGACAUAGACCUUACUGAGUUUGACAGGAUAACGAUGCUACAAAGACAAAUGGAUAACAAUAGUAAAAAAAGAGACAAACAGAACGAAAAGAUAAUUGGUAGUCUGCACCAUAUGAAUAAAAAGUUAUCUAAAAUUGCCAAAUCUGUACACAAAAUUGAAGAACACACGGAAGAUGAAGACGACCACCAUCACUUUACAUUUUCAUCAGAUGAUGAUUCUGACAGUCAGUCUGUGUCAUCAGAGGAAUAUACUGGACAUACUAGAAGACGAAAUCAUCACUGGUUAUGAAUACAAUUCAAGUAAAAAAUCUAGUCGAACCAAUGCAAACUAUGUAUGCAUUUUACGAUUUGUCGCCAUUAUUGAAGUCUAAUGUGCAAUUGCUUGAUUAUAGUGUUACAAGCUUCAGCCAAUAAUUAACAGUAUUUAUGAAAACACAGUUUGUGAGUAAAAAGAACUACAUCCAAGUAAUUUUUACAAGGCGUUUUUAGUUUUAAAGUUAUAAGUAUUUCUGAUUAAAUUGGUGAUUUUUCUACAAUCGAUUUAGACAUGUUAGAGGUGUUAAAUUAAUUUAAAUAAAAGAGUAAAUGGUACAAGUAUCUAUAACGUAAAUCUUAAGACUGAAUAACUUUGUAUCUCACAAUUCAAAAUUUCUCAACAUUCUAAAAUAUCCGAUACUUAAUGAGGGUAAUCAUAUAAAUAUCGAUAUGACAUCGUGAAAUGGAAGUUGUUCUGUUAUCAUAAAAACAGACUAGAGCAGUGUUGUAUAUCAACCAUUCAGUCAUCUCUAUUCAUAAUCUGACAUUAAAUAUUGUCUUUUUGAACGGCCUGGUGCCUACUUUUGUCCGAAUUUCCUCAAUGCUUUUAUGCCAUUCAUACAAGUGGGAGGUUUGGCAAGCUAUCACACAAAGUUUAACAAUAUUUAACACACCAUUUUCUAUGGGAAAUGCCUGUAUCUAGUCAGGAAUAUUGAAAAGGUUAAUGCACUGGUUCCGUUGAUAGGUAGCGUUUGAUGUUGUCAGAUUUUAUUGGAUUCUACUUAUUGAUUUUUUGUUAUAUGUUCUAUAAGUAAAUACAGCAAUUUUAUAAGUAUUUACUAAGAAAAAACAAAAGUGUUGGAAAUUUUAAACACCACGAAAGAACAAAAAUACA